UUGGAAUUUCUCCCGGAUUUCAACCUUUGGAUCCGAGCAUGGAGCGGUGAUGAAUUCCCGGAUUUUCCAGGAGAGGAAGAGGAAGAAAAAAUUCCAGCCUCCAAAUCCCAGGAAUUUCUUGCCAGUUUUUCCUUGGAUGUUCGACGUCGGAGCAGAGAAUUCCAAGCGGGAAAAAAACCGGGAAUUAUGGAUCCAAUUCCAUGGAUUUGGCUCCUGGUCUCGUUCCCGUUGGCCAAUUCCCAUCCCAAAAUUCCCGGUCCUCGGCCUCGAGCGUUCAGCUCGCUGAGAUUCCUCCGGGAGCCGUCGGACGUGGUGGUGGCGCGAGGCGGCGACGUCCUGCUGGAAUGCGCGGCCGCCAGCGACUCCGGGAAAACGGCGAAAAUCCGAUGGGAAAAAGACGGGGAAUUGUUGGAUUUGGAUGAGGAUGAGAGGAGGCAGCAGCUUCCCAAUGGAUCCCUUUGGAUCCGGAAUGUUCUGCACUCGCGGCAUCAUAAACCGGAUGAGGGCGUUUAUCGGUGUCGCGCGCAGCUGGAAGGGAUCGGAGCGGCCGCCAGCAGAGAGGCCAAAGUGGCCGUGGAGGGUCCUCUCCGUUUCCUUUCCCAACCCGAAUCCGUGACCGUUUUUCCGGGCGAUUCCGUCCUCCUCAAAUGCGAAUUUCAAGGGGAUCCCAUUCCCAAAAUCCGUUGGCAACGGAAUCAGGAAGAUUUUCCCAUCGGGAAUUCCGAUGGAAUCGGGAAUUUUGAAUCCAGGAUCGCUCUCUUACCUUCUGGAACUCUCCAAAUAUCCCGGAUUCGUUUGGGAGAUUCUGGGAAUUAUCGGUGCUUGGUGAGGAAUUCUGGGAAUUCCAGGCUCGGGAAUGAGGUGGAGCUGAGGGUGUUGCAAGAUCCCGGAAUUCCGAGGCCGCCGCUUUUCCUGCGGCGUCCGGCCGACGUCGUCGCCAGGGAAGGUUCGGAUGCGAUUCUGGAAUGUUCCGCCUCGGGAAUUCCGGAGCCGACUUUCACCUGGAUCCGGGGGGAUGACGUCAUUCCAAACAGCUCCAAGAAAUAUUCCCGCCUGGCUUUCAGCAACCUUCGGAUUUCCAACGUCACUUCCCGGGAUUCGGGAAUUUACACCUGCCUGGUGAAUUUCGGCAACGGCGUCGGCAACGAGAGCGCCUCGGCUGAGCUCUCCGUGCUGGUUCCUCCUUUUUUUUUGCGGCGUCCUUCCGAUGUUUCUGCUCGGGAAAAUUGGGAUGUGGAGUUGGAAUGCGGCGUCUCCGGGAAUCCGAUGCCGACGGUGGAAUGGUUGAAGAACGGGGAAGUCGUAAUUCCGGGAGAUUAUUUUCAGAUUGUGGGAGGCAGCAAUUUAAGGAUCCUGGGAUUGGUGAAGUCGGAUGAGGGAUUUUAUCAAUGCCUGGCCCGGAACGAAGCCGGGAAUUCCCAAUCCAUCGCUCAACUCAUCAUCCUGGAGCCAGAGCCGCCCGACCCCUCCCUGCUGCCCUCAGCGCCUCAGGAGCUGCUGGCCCUGCUCGUCUCCAGCCGCUCCGUCCGUCUGUCCUGGCGCCCCCCAGCUCAACCCCGCGGCGACAUCCGCGCCUACACCGUGCUCUACUCCCGGGAAGGAGCCCGAAGGGAAAGAGCUUUGAACACUUCCCAACCUGGAAUUUCCAUCGGGAAUUUGGAGCCAGAAAAAUCCUACAAAUUCCGAGUUGUGGCUUCCAACGAUUUCGGAGCCGGAAAAUCUUCGGAAUUCCUGCGGAUUUCCACCCGUCCUGAACUCCAAACCCCCGGUCCUGUGGAAAAUUUCCGAGCAUUCCCGGUUUCUCCCACGGCCAUCCAGGUUUUUUGGGAUCCUCCGGCUUUUUCCGACGCUCCCAUCCAGGGAUUCCGGCUCUUCUGGAAGGAAACGGCCUCGACUUCAACCGAGCAGAGUGUGACAGUGGAGGGCCGCUCGUACCGCCUGGAAGGGCUGAGGAAAUUCACGGAAUAUCGGAUCCGGCUGGUGGCGUUCAACCGGCACGGGGACGGAAGCGGCGGAGCCGAGGAGACCUUGACAACACUCUCCGAUGUUCCCAGCGCUGCUCCUCGCAAUGUUUCCUUGGAAGUGGUGAAUUCCAGGAGCAUCAAGGUGAGCUGGUUGCCUCCUCCUCCUGGAACUCAGAACGGAUUCCUGACCGGGUACAAAAUCCGCCAUCGGAAAACUUCGCGAGGAGAGACGGAAACGUUGGAACCCAACAACCUCUGGUACCUCGUCACAGGUUUGGAAAAGGGAAGCCAUUACAGUUUCCAGGUUGCUGCCAUGACUGUGAACGGAACGGGGCCGCCUUCGGAAUGGAUCGGAGCCGAAACGCCUCACAACGAUUUGGACGGCGGCUACAACCGGGAACAACCGGCAAGAACCGGCUACAACCGGGAACAACCGGCAAGAACCGGCUACAACCGGGAACAACCGGGAACAACCAGCUACAACCGGCUACAACUGGCGAAAACUGCAACAACUGGGAAUAACUGGGAACAACCGGCAACAAGCGGCAAGAACCAGCGACAACCGGGAACAACCGGAAACAACCGAAAACGACUGUCAACAACCGGGCACAACCGACAACAACCAAGAACUGACAAGAACCAGCGACAAGCAGUAACAACCGGCUACAACCGGCAACAACAGACAACGACCGAUGACAACCGGGAACAACCAGUAACAACCGGCGACAACUGGCAACAACCGGCAACAAUCAAGAACAACCGGCAACAGCUGGCAACAACCGGACCAACCAACAACAAGCGGCAACAACCGGCGACAACCGAUAACAACCGGGAACAACCGGCGACUACCGGCAACAACCGGGAACAACUGGCAACAACCAGCGACAACCGACAGCAACCAACAACAACCGGUGACAACCGGCAACGAGCGGCUACAACCGGCGACAACCGGCAACAACCGGUGAUAACCGGCGACAACCGGCAACAACCGGCGAUAACUGGUGACAACCGGCAAGAACCGGCAACAACCAGCAAGAACCGGCUACAACCGGCAAGAACCGGCAACAACCAACAACAACUGACAACAACCAACCACAACCGGCGACAACCGGCCACAACCGAUGAGAAAUGA